AACAUUGCGCUAUUUGCCAUACGAGAGCCGUGCCUACUACUAGUAGACAUUGAACUUUAGUACAACAAGGUGGUUAAUAUUUGGAGCGGCUAACAAAAUGUUUUGUGUAUUUGCAAGAAGAAAUUGAAAUUAGUAAAACUGAAAAGCACAGUCACAGUCAUAGUCCCAAUCGCAGUCGCAGUCACAGCCACAGCUUGGGCGCAUAUACUAUACAACGGGCAGCGGUAGUAGCUACUACUACCACAUAAACACUCGCACUAGCCAAGCCAAGGCAUUAGCAUUCAAUUAAAACAAAGAAGUUAGUGGUCGCAGCUGCAGCUACACAAAAAGUCUGAAUGUGUGUAAAGGUUUAAAUUGUGAAAAGUGCGAGACGGCGGAAGGCAGACGUAGAAGAAGCAGCAGUAGUGGCAGCAACAGUUCAGCACCAACAACAACUAUUCCAAUGAGGGCGACAAUAAAGUACUCACCGCCUAGCUCGAAUUCGAAUCAAAAUGUUCCUCAUGCAGAAUGCACAACAACAAAAACAAAGACAAAGAUAAACGCAACAGAAACUACAUUAGGAUGCGUGGAUGUGGUAGACAGCGAUCAGGAGGACGACAACAACUGCAACAACGGUGGCAGCAGCAGCGGUAAGAACUGUAGCUGCGACGAUCCCAUUGCAAUCGACAUGGGCCGGAGACAGCGGUGUAGGCACAAUUAUAGCCACGGUGACAGUGAAACGCGAGUUGUCACAAGGGGCGACAGCAUGAGUGCGAAUCUGAGAAGCAAUUGCUGUCAACGUGAACAUAAAAAUUAUCGCAAACAUGUGAUGUCCCAACUGCCAACAAGCCGCAAGAGGGACGACGACAACGAUGACGACGAUAACCACAUGAUGAGGCCAGCGUCUGUCACAGAAGUACGAGAACGUCGCCAGCCGCAAUAUACACGCGACUUUACGGUAAAUUUAGCGACGCAAGUCAAGACAUCCAGAAGAUUGAAGAGGAUGUGUGACGAUUUUGCAACAGCACCACAGACACAAUUAGCAAAUGAGUCAGAAAUUAGAGGAACGUUGGAAACAGCAUUUGACCGGGGCAUAAUGAGCGCCGCACUAAAGGCAGGUGAAAGCUCAGACUCUGUGCUUAGCGAUUCGGACGAUCUUAAAUCUAGCUCACAGGAAAGACUAACACCCACGGCGUUAUCGUCAACAUUACCCACAUCACACACGGAGUAUAGCACAGUAAAGACACCAACACCACCCAUUUGCCUAGCGGAUAAUUUUAGUUUAAGUAACAAAAGACAAUUAGUUAUGCCAAUUGAGGAAGAGAAUAGAUUAGGAAAUGUAUUUGCUGGUGCGCAGCUACUCAAUGAGUUGCCGUUGGAUCGACGCCCUAGCAGUGAUUGGUAUAAUUUCUCAACGCUUCAAGCGCAAACACAAUGGCGUCAUAGAAUAUUUUCACGACCCACUUCGAACUCGCUGACAGUGGGCAUUGAGCGGGCUUUUGCUUUUCUCGCGUCUGCAAUCGAUGCAAGAAGAAAUCAAUUGAGGCACGGGAUCGCCCACAAACAAGUUGUGCUUCGCAGUCUUGCUGAGGCUGCAGCAUCAGGAAAUUCGCAAACAACGACAACAACAUUAGACUGCAGGUGCUUUAAGGAAAAUAGUGAUAUUUGUAUGGUUGCUGAUCAACCGGAAGUGGGGGUGGAUGUUGAUGCUGUGCAGGCAGAAACCGUAGAUGAAAGAGAAAUGUGCGACUUAGCAGGACAUAGUGAUAGACGAGUGGCAAGCCAAGAAUAUCGGCAACCAGCACAACGAUUCAAUUUCUUUUCCUCGUCUUCACUUCUGAUGCGAACAAACAUUUUCUCUUUGGCAUUAACGGGUGUGCCGCCUUGGCCGGCUAAUCUUAUGCUUUUAUCACUAUUUAUGCUGAGUUUAACUACGCCGGCCAGUUGCUGGACUGGACGAUCAGAUGUUCCAACAAAUUGCACUUUUCCCGCACGUUGGGAAGGUUCAUGGUUCCUAUCUGGCUAUCAACAGUCUAUUCAUAUAAAAGGUUCACAAUUCAGUUAUCGUGGUAAAUGUGCGGCUUCGGAUGGUAACAAAUAUUUGAUUGUUGACGAGAAAGGAUGUCAUCGGUGCCUGGUUAUCUAUGAAAAACAUAAAAAUGUUCUUCAAUAUAAAGAAAGUGAGUGCGAAGGUGAUAGUAUGUAUAUGCAUCAAACGAAUCCAUCUGCCAUGGCGAUGCGUAGCGUUUUAAAACAAAGCGAACAUAGGGGGGGAGCUCAUCCCAAUUUGAACAACAACAACGGGCAUUCAAGACUAUCCUCAUCGGAUCAGUAUAUAAUGAGAUCCUAUGAUGAUAUGAAUGAUUGUCCCCCAGACUUUUGCAAGGGCCGUGAAACGUUACAGAAUCUCUGCGAUCAAAUACCCGGUGACGCUUUGCUGUAUUCGCUGUUUCGCGAGAGUGCCGAACCGGUCAAGUGUCCGUUGAAGGGACCCUUUGUAUUCACUUAUAAUCGUGGACACGGUGAAUGUAAGAGUCCUGUUUCGAAUAUCGAAAGCUGCACUGAAGAUAGUCGCCUGUUGCUCAGCUUCCAAGCUUGUCCUGAUGUGCAAGGCACCGAGAGCACAGUUGAAGAACUAACAUGCUUGGCCACCUGGAAGGAUGGAAACUCCCGUUAUCUUGUCGGCUUGGUUUCACAUCAUCAUGCAAUUUCAAAUGAAGAACGUUAUCGUUGCUUCGUCUAUGAGAAAAUUUCAUCACUAUUAGGUGGUCUUAGCACUGUAAGUGCAAAAGAUGCCGAAUACAAAUUAGCACAAUCUGGCGAUGCCACCUGCAAUGGAUUGGAUAGUGCAGAGGUUGGUUCACGCAUAAUGUCGCUGAGAAAACCACCGAUCACUGAACGUUGUGACUUCCCGGCAUGGUUCAAGGGGCCGCGACACUGGCAUGUUCUAAUGGGCAAUGCUGUCUACAACUAUCAUCCCAAUGACGGCUCUGUACAUAUUAUUAAGCCAAAUGGUUUCAUGGAGACACGAGCACUCUGCGAGCAGAUUAAUAAGCAAACGGCUACUGAAAUGAUGGCUGUGGUGCACUAUACAACCGGAUGUCAAUCGGGCUUUAUGUGCAUGAUGUUUUAUCGCCGCGACACACAUGUCAUUGAAAUUCAGACGGGCAAACAGGCUUCACGGCUUGAGGAUGCAUGUGCGCCGGAUCAUUUCGAUGUGAAUCGUAUGCCAUAUAUCACUUUGCUAGCCAGCAAUCCGGAUCCACAAAUUUGUCCGAUGGAGGGUUUGUUCAAUUUGCGGGGCGCUAUUGGGCCUCCUUACUUGACAACGCGUCACAAACGUAAUCACAACAACAAAAUUCAUUUAACUCACGGUCAUCAUCAUAGCCAAAGCGAUUUAGUCGUUGCAGCGGGUACGGCAAGUGGAGUUGAUGGCGGCGGUUAUGCGAAUAAAAGACAAGCCACACUUACUUUCCGCGAUGCUGAUAAAGUGGAUAAAGGUGCGUGGCAUGCCAAUGCGCGUGCACUCCAACCGGGACGGAAUAGGCGCGCCACAGCCACAACAGCCAACAAUAAUUCUGGCAAUAUCGUUAACACUACGGCUACUUUGGAGCAUAUGAAUAUAUUGGAGAGCAAAUUGCAACGACCAAAUGGUUCAGUAAAAAGCGACGAACGUUCAGUGGCUGUAGACGAAGCAUCGUCACGCAAAACAGUGGAUUUCGUACAUUCAACGAAUGCAAUUGAUUUGGAUCGGCAACGUAAUCGUCGUGAUGCACCGGGCUGCAUAACAAAUUACAAAGCACAACGACGCCUCUGGGUGGGCUGCACCGAACCGGAUAUUAUUGAUGUGCGACCAAUGUGCAAUGAAGAUGGUGACGAAGAGUACUCUUGUCACGGAUCGUGGUCUGAGAAUGGCACUGUGUAUAUUAUCGCACGACAUAAAGGCACCAAACAUGGCGUAUGUCUGAGUUAUCGCCCAACUGAAGGCACAGCGGCCAAACUGGUUAUCGGCGAUGCUUGUUAUCGCGGCACACAAAAACCACCCGAUCAUCAUUUGGUGGCCAAUCUAACUGUUUUCGGAAAAUGUGGAGAAACUGGUUCCGCCGCGAUACAAAUACGACCCAGCGCCGAGCUCAUCAAACUGGCCGCAGUGCUGUACGGGUUGUUGUUGGUGGUGAAUAUAAUGAACAAUGUGAAAAAUCGAAGAUGAUGAAUUUGCAACGGUAAUUGAAGAAGAUCAACGAAGGACAAUGAAAUGCCCGGAGAAAAUACUAAAGGUGGCGCUCUUCCGUUUAAGCUGCAAAAAGCACAUCAAGUUUAAUUGACAAAUAUUAAAUGAAAAUUUUAGAUAUACACACACACAAACAAGUAGUUAAAUAUAAUAUGUCAGUAUGGAAUUAUGUAGGUGCAUAUGUGCAUAUACAUAUGUCUUUACACAUGUAUGUGUGUAUGUACGUCGGUGUAAGUUUAUCAAAUAGCAAUGGUUUUCUGUGCUAUCUACAUACAUUCAUUCAUACAUACAUACAUGUUUGUAUAUCUAUGGCUGUGUAUGCAUGUAAGACAGUUAAUAUUUUAAUGCAGAACCCGAAUUAUCGCACGAAAGACUCACUUGUCUGCAACUGAAAACGAUACGUGAUAAGAGCGACAGCCUACAAAUAUCGAUCGGGUACUGAAUGUUGGACUAAUGUAUACCUUUUGAAUAAGACUUAGCAUUCAUAGUAACGCCCACACUUAUUAUGAACGAACGAACGAAACGCGCAUGCGUACGCAUAUGUUAUCGCACACACACACAUACAGAAGCAUAAAGGAGCAAAGAGAAAAUAUGUUGUAAAUACAUACAUACAUAUAAUGUUGGUUUGUAUGGAUAUGAAUGUCAUUUAUAAUAUAUGGAAGAAAACUUAUUAUACAUAUAAAAAUGGACUUUGUAAAUAAUAAAAUGAGCAUAUUUUCAAUUAGUUAACCUAAGAAAUCGUAAUUUUAAGACACAACUGAACUAAGCGUAGUUUUAGAUAAAUACAUAAAUGGUUUGCAAUAGAGCCUUAGUUACGCAUAAGUGUUCGCAAAAGUGAAAAGUGUUUAGCGGGGGGCGGUAAAUAGCCGUUACUUAUGCAUAUGUACAACAAGUAGACGUGCAAAAAUGAAAGACAAUUACACAUGAAGACGAACAUACAAAAGCUACGUAGGUAUGUAAGAACGAAUGUUAGUUAUGCCCUAAUAGUUAUGUGAUUGCAGUGUGUGAAGCUUAUCGAUGGUUGCGUGCUUGUUUACCAAUUAAGUAGCUGUAUGUAUAUAUGUAUGUAUGUAUAGGGUGGUGACUUGUUGCAGCACAUGCUAAUUACAUACAUACAUAACUAUAAUUACUAUAAUUAUAAUUUUAUAUAACUGUAGAAACUGUAUAUACAUGCGCAUACAUUUGUAUGUAAGGCAUGAAACAUAAACGAGCGAAUAAUUUGUAUUUAUUGUAAAAUUAAUAGUUUCUUAAAUAUUAUAUAAUUAUGUAUAUUGAUAAGUACAUAUAUACGAAUGUAAGCUUAAAGCUUCUGUAUUAAAAAAAAAAAAGAAUUAAAGAAAUUUUGUAUGCAAUUUUAACUACGUAUAUAUAUACAGACAUAGCACAAUGUGCACGUGUACUUCACGUGCGCUUGUCUGUAUGUACAUAUGCAUAUGUAUAAGUGCAGCACUUCUUAUAUUCAUUGUUUGUGUGUAUAUGUAUGAUAUCCUCUUUUACAUUGACAAAUGCACAUACAUAGCUAUUAAAUAUUCUUUAUUUGUUUGUUUUUAUACUGAAUUUGCUUAGAUCAUAAAAAUCAUAAAAAUAAAAUUGCGCCAAUAAUUUGGUAUUUAUAUAUAAAAGUGUGAUCAAUGAUUUGAUAAAUCCAAAAAACGCGAAAGGUUUAGUAAUUGAUUAUUUUUAUUCGGCUUUUUAUUCAAAUUUGAAAAUUUUAUCUCAAAAUCGGAACUAAAAAUUGAAAAUUUUAUUUUAGAAUUAAAAAGUUCACUGAAAAAUUGAUUAAAUAUAAUUUGAUUUCUCACUCCGGUUUUGGAGAUUAAUAAUUUUGUUUUUAAUCCAGUGUUCGGGUCUAAAUUUUUUAUUCUUCAAUUCGGUAUUUUGAAUACAAUUUUUUUCGUUUUUAAUCCGGUAUUUAGGAUUAUAAAAUGUUUUUUUUUUUAAUUUUUUCUAUACCGUAUCUGAUCAGCGUGGUAUUCGGGGUUAAUUCUUUUUUUCAAUUCAGUGUUCGGAUUUUAUUUUUCAAUACGGUGUUUCGGAUUAAUUUUUUUUCAUUUUCAAUCCGGUUAUGAGAUUAAAUAUUUUUCGUUUUUUGAUCUGGUAUUUAGGAUUAAAAAUGAUGUUUAAUUUUUUCCGUAUCGUAUCUGAAAUAAGAAAUUUCAAUAUUAUUUUUAAUUAAGAUUGCAUUGAAAUGUUAAUUAAAUUAUUUUUAAUGCAGUAAUUUCAUCAUUCUUUGAUGAACUCCAAUGUUGCCUGCCAUCGCUAAUGACGAAAGCUAGAAAUUUCUAAAACUUUUCAGACUCGUAUACUUUCCUUACUCAUACAUAAAUAAUAUAUUUGAAUUGUUCGCUAUUGCAAGUUUUCAAGUGUUUUGUCGAAGUAUUUCCGUCAUUUCUUAAUUGUAAAGCCUGCUUAACUCUUUAAGGCCCUCAUGCCCCUAAUGUUAUACUUCAUUAAUCUAGUUUAUUAACUUUGCAUUGUCUAAUGUUUAGUCAUCGCAUUGUUUUACAUCUGCAUUUAUGCAGUCCCCAUCAAAAAAAAAAAAAAAUAUUUGAAUUGAACUAUAACUUUCUUAUAUAAAGUACAUAUACUAUUGUGAUUUAAAGGUGAUUUUUUAAUUCAUACUUCGUGGGUUUUUCGAAUCGGUAAAUUUUUUUUCUGUAAGUUGGUAGUACUGUUAGUGACAUCUAUGCUAAGUUUUACGUCAAAAUAUUUAAUAGUAUUUGAAAUACGCGUCGUUUUGUGACGUUCUAGAAGUGAAUUCUUCGAUUUUUACUAUUUUCUGAAUUUAUUGAACAAAGAAGUGCGAUAAUGCACCAUCUCAUACUGCAUUGGGUAUUCGUGAUCAUUUCGACACAUUUUCAACUAAUAUCGUGCCGCAACCACCGCAUUCGCCUGAUUUACCUUCGUGUAACUUCUGGCUAUUCAGCAAAUUCACAUGACCACUCCGGGGACACCGUUUUGACUCAAUUGCGGAUAUAAAAAGCUGAAUCGAAGAAGGCUCUGAUGGCCAUCACGACGGAGGAUUUUUCAAAGUACUAUGAUGACUGGAAAAUUCGUUAGCAUAAGUGUGUUGUAGCACGAGGGGAUUGCAUUGAAGGAGAUGAAAUGGACAAAAUUCACCUUUCAAUUUGAUCACAGUAGCAUAUCGAAAUCAACAUUUUGCCCUGGUCGGAGUCAUUUCUUCGAUGUAAUCGCCAAUUUGGCUUAUUCGAAACGGUAAAUGAAACUUGUAAAAAUUUGAUCACAGUAGUAUAACACUUUCAACAGUUAUUGGUUCUGUAAGAAUCAAUGAUUUAACUUCAAUAUGGUUUAGUUUCAAUAUGUUUUUCUGUUUCACUAUUUACGAUAGUUCUUAUUUUUAUGAUAUUUUUUUAAUCUUCAAUGUCCUUUUUUUAUACUAAAAAGCCUUCGCAGCAGAAAUUAUAUUCCUAAAACAUGCAAUUAGAGUACAUACUUACAUCCUACAACACAUACAUAUAUAUGUAUUUAUGUAUGAGUAAGAUUACUCAACCUUUUAGAAACAAAAAAAAAAAUUGAAACUUUAAGCUGAGGUGGACCUUUUUUGUAGUAAAGUGCUUUUUUUUGGUAUUUAUCUUUGCAGUAAUAACAAUUAAAAGUGCAAAAAUGGUAAUAUUGAUUUAGUUAUAUUGUAUUUACGCUAUUUGCGCCUUGGCAUAUGCUUGAAAUUUUGUUUUUCAGUUAUAGUAGCCCAAUUAGCGCCUAAGGGUAUGCUUCAAGUUUUGUUUUUGAAUUACAGUUGACCAGACAGUUGCGAAAGUUUUUGGGUUAGUGAUAAAUAUGUAUGUAUAUGUGUAACUUUUGAAUAAAUAUUUUUAUAAUUUUUGUUAAUAGAAUAAUCCGAAUAUAGAAACUUGUAUCAUUUAAAUAAAAUAUGAACAUUUACAUAAUAAAAUAUGUCAAUUUUAAUUACUAAGUUUUAAAAAAAAACUUGGUUUUGUAAAUAUUUUUAUAAUAAUUUAAACCGAAAAAUUAUUUUUAAAUAUUUUUAUAACGAUUUCAACUGAAAACAAUUUUUCUUAAGUUUUUUUUAAUAUUUGAAGACAUAAAAAAGAAGAAAAUAUUAUAUAACAAGUUUUGCAAAAAAACGCUUUCAAUAUCACAGAUGUCUUUAGAAUUUUUGUUUUUAAAUACUUUUUCAAUGUUUCCUUUAAUGAAUUGCUAGUUUUUAUCAAACGGUAUAUUUUUUUUAAUUAAUAGCAUUUCAAUACUUUAAAAUUCUUCCUCCAUGUAUAAUUGAAAUGUAUGUGUUUACAAUAAUUUUAUGUGCUGACUCACACAUAUUUACAUUAAGUAGACAGUAUAAGUCUUGUAAAUAUUAUAAAUAAUGAUUAUAAUAAUACUAAAAACAAUUUCACAUGUGCAAAAUUAUUGGUUUGUUAAGCAAUAAAGGAAAACCGCGGCGUUUCAAAUUGAUGUGUGCAGCCAUUGAAUAAAACUAGUAAACACAAAUACAAGCAUGCGUCUAAUUUCUCACAGAAUUCACAUACAUUUCAUGUGAUGAAAAUAAAAAGCGGGAAAUUAUUGAUAUGAGAUGUUAAAAAUGAGUUGAGAGUAAAAAAGUAAAAAAAACAAAUAACACGAAAAUUCCAUUGGUUUCAUAAAAAUAUAUGUAUGUACGUAUUUAUAAUUACAAGAAAAUUAAAACAUAGUAUGAUUAAUACAUACUUGUACUUACAAAACGCAUGUACACGAUUGUAUAUAAAACACACAAACACAGACACAAUCACACUUGCAUAUUAUAUAUACAGACAUAUGUAGCUCAUAAUUGGAGUUAAUUGUAAGUUAUAAAUAAUAAUUAACUUUAUAAUAUGGAUACAAAUAAAUUUUACAAAAAUGUAAAGUAAAGCUAUGAUGAAUAAAAAGAGAAGAAGAAGAAUAACAAGAUUUUGCAAAGUAUGUAAAGCGAUAGCAAAUACGAAA